AUGAUUUUUACUUACACUCGUUUUACUAAUCAUGUAUAUCGAACUACUUGUAGAUCGAUAAUCAAAAGAUCAUUUUCAAAAUCGAUUCUUUGUCAACUACAACAAUCCAAAUCUUCACGUCAAACACAAUUGGAAAUAGCUAGGUCUAAAUUUACCCCACAAGAAUUAGAAUUAGCUAGAUUAACAAGAGAAGCUAAACUAGGUUGGCUUAAAAAAUUUCCUGAAAGCUGGAUUCCUUACUUGGAGUUAAUGAGAUUGGAAAAACCAGUUGGAACAUGGUUAUUAUUAAUACCAAGUUAUUGGGGAAUUACAAUGGCAGCUUACUCCAUAGCAGCACCAUUAACGACAACAUUGACUGCAAUUGGUUUAUUCUCAGCCGGUGCUUUGAUAAUGAGAGGAGCAGGAUGUACAAUUAAUGACAUCUGGGAUAGAAAUUUAGAUAAUCAAGUUGCAAGAACAAUGGAAAGACCUAUUACUAGUGGUAGAGUCUCGGUUCCUCAAGCAGUGGCAUGGCUAGGAGUUCAAUGUUUUGCAGGAUUAGGUGUUUUGUUAAGUUUACCAUGGGAAUGUUUUUACCUUGGAGCUUUGUCAUUACCAUUUGUUUUUGCUUAUCCUUUAUUUAAAAGAUAUACUUAUUAUCCACAAGCUGUUUUAUCAAUAUGCUUCAGUUGGGGUUGUUUAUUAGGAUUUCCUGCAGUAGGUGCUCCCUUGAAUUUAUUUGUUGCUGUUCCAUUAUUCAUAUCAAAUUGGAUUUGGUGUUUGACUUACGAUACUAUCUAUGCUCAUCAAGAUAAAACUUUCGAUAUUAAAGCAGGAAUUAAAUCUACAGCGUUAGCAUGGGGUGAUAAAACAAAACCAAUUUUGAAAGGAUUAACAGUGGCACAAGCUGGAUUUUAUGGAUUAGCAGGUGUUAUGAACUCAAUGGGACCAGGAUUUUUCAUUGGUGGUGCUAUCGCAAUUACAAGAUUGUAUAAGCAAAUCAUAAAUGUUGAUUUGAAUAAUGAAAAAAGUUGUUGGGCUGCUUUUACUUCAAAUAUUCAAACUGGAUUUAUCUUCUGGUACGGUAUAUUGUUUGACUAUCUUCUACAAUUGUUAGGGUUUUUAUGA